AUGCGCUGGUGCGAUAAUCUUGGCGGCGCAGGUGUUUCUCAUCGUGGGGGCGCCCGUGCUGUUCAUCGUGGUGGCGCCGGUGCUUUUCUCGCGGAGAUGCCGUUUUUGGUGCGCGUGCCAUUCUUCAUCGUGAACAUGUUGAGGCCGAUCAUAGUGGAGGUGCCGAUCCUCAUGGAGGUAUCCGUGCUGAUCGUCCUAAAGGCGCCGAUCCUCAGGAAGGUGCGUGUCUUAAUCCUUGUAAAGUUACCGAUGACCGACGCGGUGCUGUUCAUUCUGGAGGUCCCAAUCCUCGGGGAGGUUCCCAUCCUCGUGGAGAUGCCCGUGCCGAUCUUGGCGGAGGUGUUGGUGCUGAUCUUCUUGGAAGUGCUGGUGCCGACCACUGUGGAGGCGCCCGCAAUUGUCGUCAUGGAGGUGCCGACCCUCGUGGAGGUGCCGAUCAUGCUGGGAGUGCUGUUCUGUAUCGUGGAGAUGCUGAGGCCGAGCACCGUGCAGGUGCCGCUCCUCACAGGGGUGCUGGCGCGUGCCGCUCGAUGCGGCGGUGUUGGAGCUGAACAUCUCGGAGGUGUUCGUUCGGAGGCUGCUAGAUGGGUUCGUUGGACAAGGCUGGUUUCGCUGGAGUCGAGGUCCCUCAAGCCCGACCUUAGGCACUCCAGCACGACCUGA